AUGACUGAGCGCAAUUUUUCCCGUACGCACUUCACAAGCAUGAAUUGAAACUCUCUCUCCCCUCUUCUCUCUGCGGUUCACUCACGGACAACGGCUCUCUGCCCGAGUUCAAGAAAAGCUUUUCUGCAGAAACGACGUGGAAACCAGGAGACCCUUUGGAAUCUUUCGGCUCGUGAGUUGAAAAGCACCCGCCCCCCCGCCUCCUGCUUCUUCUGAUAUCCGUUUCCUUCUGAGUUUCUCAUUAUCUUUCUCCGCACGAGAGGCCCACGAGAGAGCGGCGGAGGCAUUUGGAUGAGCACCCGAGGAGCAGAGCGGAGCGGAGCUUUUUGGGAGAGGCCGGCGGUUUGCUUCCCCACAACUCCUCCUCGAAUUUGAUUUAGGUUUUGCUUCUGGACCGGUUCCCGUCACGCGAGACCGGACUAGAUAGAUAUUGAACCGGACCGAUUUCCAUCGGGAACCACCCAGAACCGGACAGUUCGACCCCGAGACCGGUGCUCGGCCAUAUGAGGCAUCUUGGUUUGCUCCGCCGUCAGGCUUGAAAGGAGAAAAAAAAAAACUAGGGGCAGAAUCAGAGUCAAGAAGACAUGCAUCUUCCCAUUAAGAAACGCAGAAUCAGUGUGGCUGAUAGUUCGUGGACUGAGCUGACACAAACUCAUUCCGGUGGAUUUAGUUCACCUCCAACAGAAACUACGAAUGAUGUACCUAGUUUGCCGAUUGGAAACUGUUACGAGGUGUUCUUGAGCUUUGAAGGUCUAGAUACUCGAAAAGGAUUUGCCGAUCAGCUCUACACCGGGCUCGUUGAUGCCGGAAUUCAUGCUUUCAGAGCCGAUAACAUGCUCCGCCAAGGUGAGGAGCUCGGCCCAGAUCUUUUGGCAGCCAUAAAAAAUAGUAAGAUCCUGAUCCCCAUUCUCUCCGAGAAUUACGGUUCGAGCACAUGGUGCCUUGAUGAGCUGGUUCAAAUGAUGGAGUGCAAGAAUAAUGGCAUGGAGCACACAGUGUUGCCUGUAUUCUAUAAAGUGGAGCCGGCUCAUGUGAAACAUCAAAUCGGGAGUUUUGGAGAUGUAUUCCAUACGCUUGAGAGGCGUUUCGAUCCAGUGAUUUUAGAGAAAUGGAAACAAGCACUCAUUGAAGUUAGUUCCUUCAAAGGACCCGAAGUCAACGGGUAUGAAGAAAAGUUGGUGAAAUCAAUUAUUCAGAAAGUGUUGGGAGAGCUGAAGAAAAAGUUUGAGUUGGUUAUUCCUGAGUAUUUGGUCGGAAUUGAUAGUCAUGUGGAGAAGGUUAUGAAAUUUGUGGAUAAUAAUUCUCGUGCCACCCUAUUUAUCGGCAUCCAUGGAAUAGGAGGCAUUGGUAAGACGGCUUUUGCUAAAACCAUCUACACCAAGCUCUCAAAUCAAUUUGAGUAUUGUAGCUUCAUUCCUGAUGUUAGGGAAUCUUGUAAGCAUAUUGGUCUUGCUUACUUGCAAAAUCAAUUAAUUUUUGAUAUAUUGAAGCAAAAAAAUCAAGUUGAUAAUAAGGACGAAGGGAUUAAUUUCAUCUCAUCCAACUUUGGAACUAAGAAAGUCCUUAUUCUUAUUGAUGACGUGGAUGAUUAUGAUCAGUUGAAGGCUUUGGUUGGAAAUCAAAAUUGGUUUUCUUCAGGAAGUAGGAUCAUUAUAACCACCAGAAACAAGAAUAUUCUUGUCAAUGUUGGGGUAGACUACAACCAUGAACAUCAAGAAAUGGAUAAGGAUAAAUCUUUGAUUUUGUUUAGUAGGCAUGCAUUUCGACAAGACUCUCCUCCAAGUGAAUUUAACGACCUUACUCAUGAAGUUGUAUCCACCAUUGGAGGGUUGCCCUUAUCUCUCGAGGUUUUAGGUUCAUUUUUGUGUGGAAAAGAGCCAACACUAUGGAAAAGUACAAUAAACAAGUUAAGAAAGGUCCCUCGUGAGAAAGUACAAGAAAAGUUAAGGAUAACUUAUGAAGCUUUAGAGCAUGAACAGAAACAAAUAUUUUUAGAUAUUGCUUGUUUUCUCAAUGGCAUUGAUUGGAGAAUUGCAUCCUACAUGUGGGAUGCCUGUGAGGAGGAAAUUGAAGUAUUGAGAUUUUUGUCAUUGAUAAAAGUAGGAGAUAAUCACGAGCUCCUAAUGCAUGACCACUUGAGAAAUCUGGGUAGGGAAAUUGUUCGUGAGGAAAACAAAGAGGAGCCUCAGUAUCGUAGCAGGUUGUGGGACUCGAAGGAUGUCUUGAAAAUACUAAGGGGAAAUAAGGGAACGGCAAAGAUAAAAGCUAUUUAUCUUAGCAAAGGCAGCAAUAUCCACACAGACAAACAAUUCAAGAAUUUAAUGAGUCUAAGGUUCCUUCAUGUGAGUGGGGCGCAUUUUAGAGGAGAUUUUAAGAACUCAAUUGAGGAGUUAAGAUGGCUUCGAUGGUGGAAUUGUCCCUUGAACUUUGAAGCAAAAAAUUUUCAUGCAAAGGAAUUACUUGCACUUGAUUUAUCUGCAAGUGGGAUUUCAAAUGAAUGGCGAGGAUGGAGUUCCAUCAUGAUGGCAAAGAAGCUAAAAUAUCUUGACCUUACAGAUUGUCAAUAUUUAGAAGGAACUUUCUUCCUCUCGGCUUUUAAGAAUUUAGAAGUAUUGAUCCUCCGAGGUUGUCGGAAACUGGAGCAGAUUGACUCUUCAGUUGGAGAGAUGAAGGGUCUGGUACGCUUGGACUUGACGGGAUGUUGGAGCCUCAAGGAGCUGCCAACAGAAGCAGAUAAAUUAGAAGCGCUGGAACAACUCCUUCUAAAAGAUUGUCGAAACCUUUCCGUAGUACCAGCCAGCAUAGGUGCUUUGCAGAAUCUAGAAAUUCUGAAUAUUAGUGGCACACGGAUAAAAGAAUUACCCGAUGGUAUUAGCAGACUGAGAAAGCUCCGACAUUUGGAUGCUUCAUGGUGCACAAAACCAGAAGGGAAAAUGUUAGAAUGCAUCCAUAAUCUUUCCUAUGAUCAAUUCUUUCUUUCUCAUAGUAAGGAGGAGUUCCCAUGGCUGCUUGAGCUUGUAUCGCUGCCGGAGCUUCCUUCUAGCUUAACAUAUUUGAGUGUCACCUGUCAAAAUCGCAGAUUGCCUUCACUUUCCCACCUAACCCAUCUCAAGGAACUGCAUCUUCUUGAUUGCAAAUUUCUCGAGUGCAUCAUGGAGCAUCCAUCAACGCUAUUGGAGCCUUCAGAAUGCUCCCAGAUGGAUGUUGAAAAUUCAGAAUUACACAAUCCCCUAAACACUCCCUUCAAGCUGGAAAUCUUGGUAAUCAGUGGCUGUAAGUCCAUGGAAACACUGGAUGUUUCAAAAUUUAAUCAUCUGAGGACAUUAUUUGCCCAUGAUUGCAAUGAUAUACUUGAAGUUUGGGGUCUUGACAAAUUAAAAUAUUUGGAAAGCUUGACCAUCGUAAGCUGCGAUUUGAUUGAAAGGCUGGAUCUUCCUAAAUCCGAGGGCAUGAAGAAAUUAUAUGUUGAAAAUUGCAAAAACUUGGUGGAAGUUCAAGGUCUUAAUAGGUUGGAGUUCUUGCAAGAGUUGCUUAUCUCCCGGUGUGCUUCAAUUGAAAGGCUGGAUCUUCCAAAAUCCAGGGGCAUGAAGAAAUUAUGUGUUCGUUCUUGCGAAAAGUUAGUUGAAAUUCAAGGGGUGGAGUUCUUGAAAGAGCUACACAUCUAUCAUUGUGCUUCAAUUGAAAUGCUUGAUCUUUCAAAGUUUGAGGGUCUAAGGAUACUUCAUGUUGGAUGGUGCGAAAAAUUAGUUAAAAUUCAAAACCUCAAUAGGUUGAAGUUUUUGGAAGUGCUGAGUAUCUUUAGGUGCGCUUCAAUUGAAAGGCUGGAUCUUCUAAAGUCCGAGGGCAUUAAGAAAAUAGAUGUUGAUGGAUGCAUAAAAUUAGUCAAAAUUGAAGGCCUCAAUGGGUUGGAGUUCUUGGAAGAGCUAGAUAUCUCUAGGUGUGCUUUAAUUGAAAGGCUGGAUCUUACGAAAUUCAAGAGUUUGAAGAAAUUAUGUGCUGAAUGGUGCAAAAAGUUAGUCGAAAUUCAAGGUCUCGAUAGUUUGGAGUUCUUGGAAGAGCUAAGAAUCUAUGGGUAUGCAUCAAUUGAAAGGCUAGACCUUUCAAAAUCCAAAGGUCUAAAGAUAUUAUUUGCUAAAUGCUGCGAAAAGUUAGUCGAAAUUCAAGGCCUUGAUAGGUUAGAGUUCUUGAAAGUGCUAAACAUCUCUGGUAGCACUUCAAUUGAAGGGUUGAACCUUUUAAAAUCUGAGGGUUUGGAGAUAUUAGAUGCUAACAAUUGCAAAAGCUUAGCUGAAAUUCAAGGUCUCUCUAUGUUGAAGUUUUUGGAAGAGUUGAGUAUCUCUAAUUGCGCAUCAAUCAAAAGGCUAAAUCUUUCAAAAUCUGAGGGCCUAAAGAAAUUAUAUGCUGGAUGUUGUGAAAAAUUAGUUGAAAUUCAAGGCCUUGAUAGGAUGGAGUUUUUGAAAGUGCUGAUUGUCUCCGGGUGCACCUCAAUUGAAAGAUUGAAACUUGCAAAAUCCAAGCGUUUGGAGAUCUUAGAUGCUGAAAAUUGCAAUAACUUGGUUGAAAUUCAAGGCCUUGAUAGGUUGGAGUUCUUGGAAGAGUUGAAUAUCUCUGGAUGUGCUUCAAUUGAAAGGUUGGACCUUUCCAAAUCCGAGGGCCUGAAGAUAGUAUACGCUCAAAAUUGCAAGAACUUAGUCGAAAUUCAAGGCCUAGAUAGGUUGGAGUUCUUGGAAGAACUAAAUAUCUCUGGGUGCGCUUCAAUUAGAAGGCUGGACCUUUCAAAAUCCAAGGGUUUGGAGAUAUUAGAUGCUCAAAAUUGCAAAAACUUAGUCAAAAUUCUAGGCCACAAUAAUUUGGAUUUCUUAAAAGAGCUAAAUAUCUCUGAGUGCGUUUCAAUUGAAAAGCUAGAAGUUUCAGAAUCCGAGGGUCCGAAGAUAUUAGAUGCUCAAAAUUGCAAAAACCUAGUUGAAACUCAAGGUCUCAAUAGGUUGGAGUCUUUGGAUCUAAAUAUCCCUUGGUGCCCUUCCUUUGGAGGGGCCCUAGAGAUUCCCAUCGCGCACAACUAUUAUUGACUGAGGAUUGCAAGCCCUUAGCUAAAUUCCCUUACUUGUCAAAUUUUCAUUAUUUAUGGAAAUUAUUCCUCUCAAAUUGUCAUUUGAGGAGUCAACAUCUCUAGAACAAAUUGCUAUCUCAAAAUGAUCCUCAAUUGAGAUUUUACCUGAUAUAUCAUCAGGUACCAAGUCGAUCAGUGUAGUUGGGCAAAAUUGCAAGAAUCUGACUAAGCUUUGAGGGCUAGGGAAGUUGGAGCAACUAGUGGAAUUGAACAUUUCCAAAUGCAAAUCACUCAAAACAAUACGGGAAUCAUUUGGAACGGGACUUUAUCAAAGUUACGAGAAAAAGCUAUUUGACUCAAUCAUAGAUGAAUAGAAUUUGGAGAAGACGACGGGGAUGAGUCAAAAGAGUUGAGACAACACACAUUUCCCAACACAAGUGCAUACAGAAGGAUUUGGUUAUUAUUCCGCUGGUUGUGAUGUAAAUGCUGAAAUAUCCAAAAGAGCCUUCAAAAGGCACUUCUAAAAGGAAACAGAGUCAUCAAAGGAUCAGGUGCUCGAUGUUUCUUGCGAAAAUGCUGACAAUGCAUCAUUGGAACGGUAUAGGAUGUUCAGCUAUUGUCAUCCCACAUUGCCCUAGUUACGUUCAACAGAAGCAUUGCAGAGCCGAUAUUAUUCAUUAAGUUCGAGGUUUCUGAAAUACUGAAAAGUCUAGCCAAUUAGUUUGACAUGGUGCCGAAUAAUGUGGAGGAUUGUGUUUCGAUUUGGUAUCAUAAUUGGCACCUGCAUGGAGGUCUUUGGAAGUCUUUAUUCGAGGAGAGUUGUUUGCAAUUCAGUUGGCUUGCUGCAGUGGGCAGUCUCAGAAUCAAAGUUUUGUGAGGUGAGAUCUUAUUGCAGUUGGUAUUGCUGUUAGAACGAUAGAGGUAGUUGUUGAAACCCAAUAUGAAAAAGUUUGUGGUGUGAAGGACAAGCUUACUAGAGUCUAGUGACAUGCAUUUGAGAUUGGGCUCUAUUUGGAAUAUCGAAGCUCGAUUGAUGUUGCUUUAGCUUGCAACGAAGGAUCAGCUCUCAUGACGUGAUUUCGGGAUCCAAUCGACAAAACUUAUUUUUCAAAAGCAAAUGCCUAAUAAUUUGUAAUGUCCCUUAUCAUUAAUUGGAGCAGUCUUCAUGUCGUCAGAUUGCUUGUCUUCCUAGUUCUAGUCUGAUCAGUUUAGUUCGGUGCACUUCCUGUUCUUAGACAUUUCUUGGCUUGUCUUGAUUCAACGAAUUGGCCAUGUUUUUUCCUCCUCCUUUUUCCCUUGAAAUGUUAUUUGUUGAAAUUCUGUUAAAGCUUGCAUGGUAUCGAAUUGGAUACUUAGUGUACUAACAGUAGCAGGUUUAAAAUAUUAGUCCACUCAUUUGGCGUCAGAUAAUCAUGUGCACCAUUUCAGCAGAAUGGUAGCACUUAAAGGAGUGAAUGCACUUAACGAGAGGAUAUGGAAUGGAUAACUAAAUUUGAUAAACAUUUCAAAUUUAUACGGUGUGUCAUAGAUUCUUUAAAUGCGUUUUCUGCAUAUUAUUUCUUCCACUGUGCGCAAGGGAUAAACAUCUGUCAUGGAGAGUGAUCGCCUAACUGCAAAAUCAGUUUCAACCAAUUUGAUUUUGAGAGCUUGAAUUGAUAACGAAGGUGUCUCGGUUCGGUAAAAAGUAGACUCAACACUUGGGUACUGCUACUGAUGCCCACUCUGUCCUGCACCUGUCCAGUUAUGAUGUUGAACUAGUAGUCCAGUCCAAACUCUUUGGAAAUCUUUUCUAUUGCCGCGUCUCUACUAUAGUACUUCACCAUCUGUGAAGCUUGUGCUAUGCACGGGAACUGAAGUAUCAAUUGCAGUUUUUGAGAAACAACUCCUGCUCUCGCGGGGAAUGGGACUUUGAGUGUUAUUCCAUGCUCUCAUGCAAUCUGUCAUUCUAUUCAAAGGGGAGACAAAGUCUUCUCCCACUGGUACAGGAAGGAUAUCUUCUUAAAGGCAUACAACCACCAUUUGGAAGUAAUGAAUGGUUAUAAACUUUGGCCUUCGAUGGAGAACCUUUGGUGGCGCCAAAGGAUAAGAAAGGAAGGAGAAUCUAAAAAUGGAUUCAAAGUGUCAAGACAAGGCAUAAAAAUCAUAUGCCGUUUGUGAUGCAAGCGAGGCCACAACUCAGGAAAUUUUCCAUCGAAACAAAAGAAAGAGGAUGAAGAGAUGGUCAGACGGAGAAAAGACUAACUUGUCAUAGAGAUGCAUCAUAACAAGGCCACCACUCAAUUUUUAAGUUACCAUGUACUUGAAUAAUUAUAAGUGCAUCAGCUUUAUGGUAGUAAACGAGUUGUCCUGUAAAGAUUUGAAAUUUAGCUUGAUAGUAUGCAUUUCUUUCGUCUAGCGGCAAAAGGAAGACGUCAUGAAAAAGUAGCACAAGAAAUAUAAACCAGCUGCGGGGCAUUUGAACAUUAUUGGAAAUGUUGGAUCAACAAGAUCUCCUAGAAAGAGGAAAAUCGGCCAGAAGUAGCUUGUUAAAAGAGUUGAAAGACUGAUAUAUUCCAGUACUCUUUGAUGAUUUAAGAUCGAGAGAUGGAGUUUGUUUUCCAUAUUUUCUGCAAAUGUUUAAGAUGCGGCAAAUGAUACUAUUAAAACCGCAAGCAUUCUAAGGCUAGAUGUCGUAUAUUUGGGAGUCUGUCUUUCACCAUUUACAGGUAUAUAUAUCUAUGAUCAUUACGCUAAGGCUCUGUCCGCAAUAACAAGCCAAGCUUUGUUUAGUGGUA